GGCUCAGCCCCCAGCCCUAGACACCACGCGUGCACACCAGGACCUCUGCUCCGAAGGAAACAAAAGCAACUGCCAGGGUUUCCAGUACUAUGACCGGCACCUUCACACCAGGGCUAGGCCUUCAGGACCCUCACUACAUCCCGGGGUACUCUGGACACUGCCCACUUCUUCGGUUCAGCAUGGGCCAGACCUAUGGGCAGAUGACUGGUAAGCUACUUCGAGGUUCUCCUGGCCUAGCCUGGCCCCCCGCCCAUCGCACACUUCUGCCUCCCAUUCGGCCUCCAAGAUCUCCUGAGGUUCCCAGAGGAAGCCUGCCCGUCGGGCGUGGGCACGAACGGCUCAGUUCCAGCAUGAUCCCCGGGUACACAGGUUUUGUGCCCCAGGCACAAUUUAUCUUUGCCAAGAACUGCAGCCAGGUCUGGGCUGAGGCUCUGGCUAAUUUUACUCAGAGGGCUUCCCCCUAUUCCAUGGAUGACAAAGACCCUCAAAAGUUCUUCAUGUCAGGCUUCACGGGCUAUGUGCCCCGUGCCCGCUUCCUCUUUGGCUCCAGCUUUCCUGUGAUCACCAACCGGGCCCUGCAGGAAUUUGGACGGAUGCACUCUCAGGGCAGAUCCCAGGAGGGGCCCACACAUCUCCCCCCACUCCCCAGGAGCUACCCACCUAACCUGGGCCUGAUACCUCACUACGGGGGCUACGUGCCAGGGUAUAAGUUUCAGUUUGGCCGCACGUAUGGGCACCUCACCCAAGAUGCUCUGGGUCUCGGCAUGCAGAAGCAGCUCCUGGUGUAG